AUGAGUUCUGCAUCGAAUGGGCGCAAAAACCGCCCCAGAUCCGCCGGGAACAUCUUCCAGAUCGGCAAGCCUCCGCAGCGGGAGCCGGAGAGGAGGGAGAGCACGGAGAGCUCCCGCAGAGCCCAGCGAGCCGUGGCCGACUGCAGGAUGAUCGUCCAGGAGUUCAAUACACUUGUGGCUCUGUACCGUGAACUGGUCAUCUCCAUCGGCGAGAUCACUGUGGACUGUCCGUCUCUGCGGGCCGAGAUGCUCAAGACCAGAACCAAAGGCUGCGAGAUGGCGAGGGCGGCUCAUCACAGCCUCUCCUUGAUAUCUGGUUCUGGGCCGGAGGAUGGGGAGAUCCACCCUGAGAUCUGUCGGCUCUUCAUCCAGCUGCAGUGCUGCCUGGAGAUGUACAUCACAGAGAUGCUCAAAUCUGUCUGCUUGUUGGGAUCCCUGCAGCUCCACAGGAAAGGUAAGGAGUCCUGCGGCCUUCCAGGGGUCGACAGUAAGAUCGAGGAGAGCUCAGACAUCCCCAUACUGGAGGACACGUCUUCCUCCCCCACGGACUGUCCUCAGCUCUACUGGCUGGUGGCUAACGACAUAGAAAACAUAGAAAGGGACAUGAGGGAGAUGAAGAACCUCCUCAGUAAACUCAGGGAGACAAUGCCUUUACCACUGAAGAACCAAGAUGACAGCAGUUUGCUGAACCUGACUCCCUACCCACUGGUCCGACAGAGGAAGAGGAGGUUCUUUGGGCUCUGUUGCCUGGUAACCAGCUAA